AGCAACUACAAGCAGCACUGGACAAAAGGUUCUCAUGCCAGCACAUCCUGUGAAAGACUGAAUGUGAGCAGCGAUCCACACAACAGCAGCCACAGCCAUGAAGUCCCAAGCUCUUUUCUUUGUUCUGAUCCUCUCAUGCGUGCACCUGAGUCUUGCACAAGGCUCGUAUGGCAACUGCUGCCUCGGCUAUCUUAAAGGGAUGACAGGAAAAGUAAAGAGAAACAUUGAAAGUUACAGGAUUCAGAAAACAGAUGGCGAUUGCAACAUCAGCGCUGUUGUGUUUCUGAUAAAGAAGAAGCCGACACAUAAAAAACAGUGGACUCGCUGCACCAAUCCGGAUGACAUCUGGGUCCAGGAGCUGAUGCUGUCUGUGAAUAUGAGAAACCAGAAUUUGGCCACUUAAAGGAGAGAAACAAGAAAGGAAUGGGCGAGAGGAAAGCAGAUGUUUCUCCGAUUUCAGGCAUCAUAUAUCACCUUUGACCACAUGGAUUGUGUUUCAGUAGGUAUUUCAUGUGCUGACAGAGAAUGUAAAUGUGCACGGUUCGCUAUAACACGAACACAUACCCUCAAUGUUAUUUCCAUAUAGCCAUAUAUAAUUCAUUUAUAUGAGCCAUCGCUAUGAUUGUUAAUUUCUCUGUGAUAUGUAACGCCUGCUAGGAAUGAGCCACUGUUUAGCAGCUUUGAAAUGUAUUUGCAGAGUGUGUUUGUGCGCAUUUGUUUGUGUGUGAUGUAUAUGUAAAAAAGCUGAAUGUUUUUUGUACGACAGAUUUCCAUAUUUUUAUAUUAGCAUUACAAUACUAUUUGUGUCCUUCUGUGUCAAAUAAAGAGGCAAUACAAACCAGA